CCCCUGCUACAUCACAGGUCAGUUAUCCUCUUGUCCUCUUACUCCCUUUCCAUUAAUGAACAUUUAUACAAUUAAUCAAACAAGAUCCACUUUUUUUUUUACGAAGCAAGAGCCUUAAGGGUUAAAUGAGCCGGUGCGAUACUGGGACCCCGGUCAGGCAGAGCUCUCAGUUUCCUGACGAAAGCAUAAUGUGUGAUAGAAAGCGGUAAAUGGCAGCGGGAGAGGAGGACGGGGCAGCGGGCUGGCGAAAGAGGAACAAAGUAGGUGAAAAGUAGGAGGGAUAGAGGGGAGGCUAAGAGAUGGAAACUUAUGCUCUGGGUGGAGUCUUGCGGGGGAUCAGUGGGAGGAGGAAGAAGCCAGUUUCACUGAGGUUCCGACGCCAGCAGAGGAAAUCCUGAGAUACGCACACGGCCUCGCGCACGCUUGCACCGUGCUGGCCCCGCCGUUCAGGAACAGGAGCGUCCGGCUCUCUGCCCGCCUCGCCCCCGAGAGGGAGGGGAGCCAGCAGUGGCCGGGCAGGAUGAUAUCCCAGGAGGCCCUGUGCCUUCCCCGUGACGGGUUCGCCAUUUCCCAGGACUCCAUGGAAGACUACUGGAGCGAGGUGAGGAACAUCACGGAAAGUGGGCCCGUCUGCCAGGAACUUCUGCUGGAAGAGCACAGCAUGGAUGAGGCGGAGCUUGAGGAGGCAUGGCUACAGGAGGCGGGGCUAUCCGCCUUGGUGUCGGGGGCCUCGGGGGACACGCCUGCCGAGGUCCUGCUCUCCACACUCACGCGCUCCCAGGCAGCCCUGGUACAGAAGCGGCUGAACAGCUACACUCAGACCCUGCGGAGACACAACAGGCAAUCGGCGCGUCACGUGAGGGACAUCUUCCCGGGAUCGGACCCUGCGCCUGGACAGCCUGCUGAUUCGGGCCCCCAGAUCUCGCCUGGUGGUCAGCUCCCAGUCAAGGUGCCAGCCUGGGCCCCAGCGCGAGGGGAAGGCAGCGGGUCGGGUUGCGAGCCCGUGAGAGAGACCCUGCAGUUUGAGGUGCCCUACUCCGAGGGGCUGGCUGCCUACCGCAAGGAGCACGACUGUCCGGACUGCCAUAAGACCCGGAGGGACGAUGGAGCCCUGCCCGUCUUCCUGCCCCCUACCCCUAAACUCGGCCUGACAAGAGUGCAGGACCUUUCUUCAGAGGACAUGAAGAAGAUCAGCUACAUCGCCCUGAUCGAGCUGACCACGCUUUUCGACACUCUGGGCAUCGAGCUGAAAAGGAACCGGCUUACGCGCAACAAGGCUCGCGAAAGCGGCAUCUUCGGGGUUUCCCUCGCGACGCUUCUAGAAAACGACCAGAAGAAGCUUCCUGGCUCCAAAGUUCCCCUCGUUUUCAAAAAGCUGCUGUCCAAGCUGGAGCAGACAGGCCUGCAAACCGAGGGCAUCCUCCGGGUACCAGGUUCAGCCUCCAGGGUCAAGCACCUGCGGCAGGAGCUGGAAGCCAAGUUCUACGAGGACCAGUUCGACUGGGAGCAGGUGCGACACAACGACGCGGCCGGCCUGCUGAAGAUGUUCAUCCGCGAGCUGCCCUCUCCCCUCCUCACUCAGCAGCAUCUCCCGGCUUUCCUGGCUGUGCAGAAUAUUGCCACAUACAGAAAUCAGAUCCAAGCUUUGCAUCUCCUUAUCAUGCUGCUGCCUGAAGCCAACAGAGACACACUGAAGGCUCUGCUGGAGUUCCUCAGGAAGGUGGUGGCCCAUGAGGAGGAGAACCGCAUGAGCCUGUGGAACGUCUCCAUGAUCGUUGCGCCCAACCUCUUCAUCAGCCGGAGCAAGAACGCAAAGCUGGAGGAGAUGCAGGGCGCAGCAGGGGCAGCUCACCUGGUGCGACUCCUGAUCACCAGCCAGGACCUCUUAUGGACGGUCCCCUGCUUCCUUAUCUCCCACCUUAGGAAGCUGAACGAGGCCUCGGUAGGGAAGAAGAUGUUGGGGUCAGAGAAGAGCAAGAGGAAGCUGCUGAGGAGAUGGCAUAUGGACCGCAAUAAGGGAGAGAAAACGGAGCUGGUCGGCCUUUUGGGAGAAGGCCUCAUCCGUGUGCACGCACCCCUGCAUGCAAAGGUGUCCAUGGCCCUGCUGCUGGACAGUGAGACCAAGGCCAAGGACGUCAUGGCGCGCUUCGACUGUGAGAACGGGAGAGGAUCUCGGAGCUGUGGCAAACGUCACCGACAGUAUUUAUUCGAGGUUGGGGGCAAUAUAGGCGAGCGCUGCUUAGAUCCUGACACCUACCUUCUGGACCUGUACCGGGUCAAUCCCAACUGCGAGUGGAUCUUUAAGCCCAGGAACUCCUGAGAAGCCGCAAAAAGGAUAAGGACUGGCGAUGGAGUUGCAGUGAAGCACUGAGGGAGUAGUGCAGCCCCACACUCAUCCGAACACCCACCGACCCACCCGCCCGCCUGCUGUUUUUAACGGAUCUGUGCGUCGGGAGCCAGGACGACAAAAAGUCAAAGUAAAUAAUGCUGAUUUGGCCAUUAAAGACUUAUCGACAGUGUGAAGGACGUCUUCCUGGAAGCAGCAGCAACAACAAGGUCUGAAGAAUGAAGAAGCUGUUGUCAGUCAUCCUUUAUGAAUCUCUGCCUCGUCCAUCGAGACAAAGAGGAACUAACUUGACAAGCUAAGGAUUAAAAGGCUAGCGUUUCUUUUGCUAUUUUCUCUUGGCUGAGCCUUCCUUUUCCGCGAAUAGAGGAAGUGCUACGUCCUAUCUAAUCCUAGUGACCAGCACCCAAGUGAGGCUCCCCCCCCCCCACACCUCCCAGUUCACCUACACGUGCAAUAUCUGAAUCAGUAAUUACUCAUGCCUUGGUAUUACAGAAGCUACAAACACUACUAAAGUCUCCUGUGUCCAUGUGAGCUGAAAAGUCGAUGUUGCGUGCAGCGUGUGCAGCCCAUGAGCAACAUGACCACACCAAUAUCAACAUUUAGCAAGCCCUCAAGAUGGUGAUGGACUCUAUUAACAAAAAACUGCCUCUUUUCUCCAACUUUGUGAAUAGCAAAGACUACCGUUGCAUGAGUUCUGGAAAAUUCUGUACCUACAGAUAAGGAUACAAUUUAGCACAAGGAAUGAGUACAGCUGUGACGUGUCUCGCCUGCCACACAGUGUUAGACAUUGGCACACUUCCCACAGGACUAAGUUGGAGACUCACAACAGUCUUCCACUGACAUGGACUCAUCGAAAACGGGCUCUGUGACCUGGUGUGUUUCGUUGCUUUAUGAAAGAUAAACUUCCAUUUUUAAUGGUAUUGUGUAUAUAUAUAUAUAUAAACCUCAUUUUUCACAAUGUAA